AUGGACAAAGAUGCUCUGCGCUCUCUUAUAAUGAGCAGCAACAGCAGUAAAAAGAUAAGGAAAAGCAACAGAAUAGAUGACAUGCUCUUUGGAACGCUUCUUGACGAACAGUGCAGAACUGCCUUAAGUGUUCAGAAAAAGUAUAGCGAGUAUUUGAAGCCAGCUAAGACCAAAGGACACCAGAAAAUAAAAAUAGAAAAAGAAUCAGAGACAGAAAAAGUAAAGAAUGAUGAAAUACUGCAUAGAUACAAAGAUGAAAUACUAUCUGUUCUACGGGAAAACAGCGCAGUCAUAAUAAAAGGAGGCACAGGAGCAGGAAAAACAACACAAAUUCCAAAAAUCCUUCUGGAGAUAUUGCCAGCGGGGAAAAUCAUUGGGUGCACACAGCCCAGAAGGGCAGCCGCUAUUUCUGUUGCAGAACGGAUGAAAAAUGAGCUGGCAAGUCGAGAUAUCGGAUACUCUGUUAGAUUCAGCGCAAAAAAAGGAGAAAAAAUAAAGUACAUGACCGAGGGCAUACUUCUACGAGAAAUAGCACGGGACAGGAAUUUAGAUAGCUACUCCAUCAUAAUACUUGAUGAAAUACACGAGAAAACAGUCGAGUCACUGAUACUUCUGAAGUACUUGCUGCUGCUUACCAGAAAAAGACCAGAUUUGAAGCUGGUUCUGAUGAGUGCCACCUUAGAAGAAGAUACGAUGCAGGAAAUAGGCCCGUACCCUGUGGUGGAGAUAGAAAGCACUAAAUACCCCGUUGAAAUCUGCUAUCUUAACGAGCUUCCAUGCGACUACAUUAUGAGUGUGGUUGAGAAAGUGCUUUCAGUGUGCUCUGAUUUUGAAAACAUUUUAGUGUUUCUGACGGGCCUGGAAGACAUAAAAAUAGUUUACAAUUUGCUUUCUGAGAGGAUAAAAGAGUACAAACUGCUCAUCAUGCACUCAAGAAUGAGCACAAAUGAACAGAUGAGUGUAAUACAAGAAAAAGGGCCAAAGUGCAUCCUUUCUACCAACAUCACAGAAACAUCGAUAACUAUCCCAGACAUAAAGUAUGUAAUAGACUGCGGGAUGUGUAAGCACAUGGUGUACGAUGCCGUACGGAAUGUGAAAGUCAUGAAGAUAGCACCGAUACAGAAGGUGCAGGCGGUGCAGAGAGCAGGAAGAACGGGAAGAACAGGGGAAGGCGUGUGCUGCAGAAUGUACACUGAAAGAGCGUUCAACUCCCUGAAGAAAUCAUCAGUUAGCAAGCUGGAAAUGGAAGACCUGGAGUAUUUCAUAUUCACAUCGAUACAGCUGGAGCUGCCAAUAUCACCGCACGAGAACGUGCGGGCAGCAAUAAACAGAAUGGAAAAAUGCAAAGUUGUAGAGAAUUUUAAACUUACGCUUUUGGGAGAGAAAGUCAGGCAGCUGCCUCUGUCAGUCACGCACUCAAUCUUUUUGCUAGAAGGAAAAAAGAACAACUGUGCCUGGGAAGUAUCCGUCAUUCUGAGCAUGAUCGAAGUGCUUAGCGCACAGAACACAAAACUCAACGAGCUGCUAGACCACUCAGAGGCAGAACAAGUAAGAGAGAGCGACCAUUUAUUUUUAUUACACCUGUAUGUAAGAGAAAAAUCAAAGAUGAAGUCAAAAAUGAAAAUAAACAUCCAAAAGGCAGAUAAGAUACUAAGCCAGCUGUGCAACAUCAUGCACAUCAAGAACGAAAGCAGUGGCAUAAGCAAAGACGUGCAGAGAAGUGUGGCCAAAGCGCUUAUUACAUCGCACAGGCACAAUCUAUGCAUGAGAAUAGGCCAGACUUACAAAGAAAUGAGCACGGGCGUGGAGUGCGUUAUUUCAUCAUCUUCGCUCCUGCAAAAAACAAGCCACACUGUAAAUUACUUGGUAUACAACGAGAUAAUAGAGAUAUGCAGGCCUGUGCUGAAUAUCGUAACAAAGGCAUCAUUUGAUGAGAUAAAAGAGACAGAAAAGAGCUAA